CCACAAUACAUUGGUCUUUGGAGGUUAAGUAACUUGAGGGUUAGCUUUAUAAAGCCAUUUACCACUUUUUAGAUUAAUAUUUAAUUUAAGUGCCAAUGAGAAUUUAAUGUGUAAAGAGUGUUAACUGUCUGAAACAAAGAUUAACUUAACCUGUAAUUUUCUGGGAAAUUUGAGGAAAAUGACUAACUUCAAGUUUUACUCAAGGAACAAUAAAAUUGCAGUGACAUCAGUUAUAUUUUAUGAAACAUACAUUUUGGCUGGUAUUGGAGGAGAUUUAUGUGUAUAUGAACAAAAAAAGAAAAAUGACAUAUAUUCAAUUUUUCAUGGUUCUGUUAUACAUGGAAUUGUGCCAGAUUUGAAAUCAACCCAACUGUGUGUGCAUGGUGGAAGGCAAGUGGGAAUAAUCAAAACAAAUCUAAAGAUGACGUCAGAUAAAAGGUUAUCUGUGGUCUGUAAGUGGAGACUCGCUGACUGGGUGCUCAGCUGUCAGUGGGUUGGACUGGAGCAUUAUCUAGCCGUUCUGACGGCACACAACGUCUUGUCUCUACAUGACACCUCCACAGGGGUCCCUCUGUCUACUGUAAACUGUGUGGAAAACUGUAUAUUAUAUUCAGCAGCUGUUUUACAAAAUGCUAACAGGUGGGAGGAUACUGUGGUCUUGGCAGGAACAGUCUUUCAACAAAUUGUCAUCUGGACAGUUGGGAAUGAAUCUCCUAGUGUCAGACCUGUGUUGCAUAAACUGUGCGGCCACAAGGGUGUGAUUUUUUCAGUGAGAUACAAUGCACAUUCGAGUCAGAUUUGUUCGACUUCAGAUGACAGGACUGUUCGUGUGUGGUCUGUCGCUUCUUCAACCGACAAACCUCUAACUGCUCAAGACUGGAAGGAAGCGACUAUCACUCUUACUGUUACAAUUUUUGGACAUACGUCUAGAGUUUGGCAGAGCUGCAUACUGACUGAUAAAAGAAUCGUCAGCAUAGGAGAGGACUCGAUGCUAUGUGUGUGGGCCGGGGGAGGUGAAAGUAUAUCCCGCAGAGAAACCCACCAAGGAGCUGGCAUCUGGUGUAUGCAUGUCACAGAUGACGAGACACUGGUGGUGACAGGAGGUGCUGACGGAGGGGUGACGUUGUGGCCGCUAGAUCCUCCCUCGACUACGACCAAAACACUCCCCCCUCCCCCUGACACUGCUCGCCGCGUAGCCUUGCUGCCUGGCCAGGUAGUGACUGUGACGGAGGAGGGGAGGCUGAUGGUGUACAAAGAGGAUUGGAGAUGUGUCCUUCACGACCCCAGGAUCGCCAGCUAUUGCCUGCUGGAUGUUUCACCGUCGAGAAAACGCAUUGGGUUGGCCACCAUCAAGGGACAUGUCAUUGUGUUGGAUAGUGAACAUUUUGAAGUAAUCUUAGACAAGCAGGUUUCUGAAACAAAGAUCUUCUCGCUACAUUGGCUUGAUGAGAAAACGCUACUAACCUGUUAUGAUUUGGGACAAAUGUUUGUUUGGAGUAUUAUAGAAUCAGGUUUGCUAGAGGUUGGCAGAUGUUACUUGCCAGCAUGUAAGGAGCGUUGGACCACAGCAGCUGUUAGGUUACGUGACACUAUAGUCUAUGGUGACAGAGCCGGUAACAUCCAUUCAUCACCAGUGCUACCAACUCAUGCCUGCGCUGUUGAAGCGGUUACCACUGUACAUCGUGCGCACAGCAGGCUGGGCGUCAGCUCACUGAGCGUGGUGCAGGGUGAGGUGUGGUCCACGGGGCGUGACGGGAUGCUGCGCAGAUUCUCUGUCAGACAGACAGACCACAGUUUGGUGUGUGUGGCGGCCAGUAAGCUACAGCUGGACUGGGCUGCCUCUGUGUUAUGUGUGUCACCUCAGAACAUUCUGGUGCUGUGCUUCCAUGAGUCUCAAGUUGUUCUGUGGGAUGUUCAGCGUAGACACAAGCUGCUGUCGCUACAAUGUGGCGGAGGCCAUCGCUCCUGGGACUGUCUGGUUGAAGACGGACACUUUACUUUUGUCUUCCUCAAGAACAAAACCGCCCAUCUACUGCAAUCCGAACUGAUGCCCAUAGAACGACCGGUGCUUCUGGAAGGAUUUCACCCCCGAGAAAUCAACAGCAUGGCACACAUCACUGAGGGUUGGGUGGUGUCGGGAGGGGAGGAUGGCACUGUGCGUUUGUCCCAGUCUUGUAACAAGGAGUGGACAACCUGUGCAGUGGAACAUAACCACCUGAGUAGUGUGAGGGCAGUCAGUGUUGCCAAAGUACAGAACCAAAUUUACCUCUUUUCUGCAGGAGGUAGAGCUCAGAUGAAAGUUUGGAAAUUCCACCUAGCUCAACAAGUAUGCCUUGCGGAGGUCACUUCUGUAAUGUUGAGAGAGGAGAGGAAAGACAAACAUUGGUUAAAUGUUGUCCCGAUAUCAGACCCUGAGACCAGGUACAUGGAUCUAGCGGUGUUGCCAGAGUCAGACUCUAGUGCUUAUGUGUUAGUUGCAUGUUCAGAUGCCUACCUCAGGGUUUUCUAUUUUGACUCCAAACUCGGUGAAGUGAGUCUUUUCCAAACCGUUAAGAACGGCUGUUGCUGCCUGUUACGUGUGAGUUGGUUCCAACAUGACUCCCAGACUGUGGUGGUGACUGCAGCUACGGACGGCUGUGUCACGUUCUGGCAGUGGCCAGAGUGUGCUGUGAUCUGUGAGGACACUAUACAUCAGUCUGGGGUCAAUGGACUGAGUGUGUCAUGUGAGGACGGGCGAGUGGUAGUGGCCACUGGAGGAGAUGACAACUGCGUAGCCGUCAGUGUCUACGAUGUUGCUGCAUCACCGACACUGAGCUUGCGGAAGGUUGAUAGAUGGAGUAACUCUACACUACACAGUUCUGUUGUCACAGGGGUUACUAUAGUGGGAGACAAGAUAGUGUGUUGUGCUGGGGACCAGAGAGUCACUUUGCUGUCUUGGAGAAUCAUUGAAGACUGCGUCAAUGUACAAAUACUAGCCCAGUACUGCUGCUCUGUACCUGACCUUAAAGGAUUGACUCUGUUAGCUGUAGACAGGCAGAACCUGACUUUGGCUGUCUAUGGCGACGGCAUGGAAGUUUUGGAAAUCAAAGAAGAAAGCUGACAUUCAAUUUUGUAAUUAUUAUUUACCAUUACACAAUUUGUACAGAAAUAAAUUUAAUUACGC